AUGUCCCUCCGACCACUUUUAAGACAGACCCAGCUCAGGAGAGUGGGGGUGAGGAGUAUCCAGAGCUCCGCACCGAAGAGGGCGGCGCAUGGGGGGCAUGGGGCCGAGGAGGAUCAGAGUGAUACUUAUACCAAAGAAUCAUUCCUGAACCCCAAGUGGCGCAACGCCUUCCUCCUCUUCACCACCGCCGCCCUCAUCUUCCCCUACCUCCCCACCCCCUCCAAAUCCAACCUCUCCCCCUCCCUCUCGCCGGACGCGUUCCAAGACGCCAGGCGGGAUGUGGAGGGCGAGCUGCCGUGGUUGACGAGGUGGUUUGUGAGGGAGACGGAGAAGGCGAGUGUUUGGAAGGAGAGGGCGGAUAGGCAUUUGGAGUUGACAAAGGAGGAGGCGGAUAGGAGGUUGUUGUUCCAGGAGGCGGAGAGGCCGAGGGUGUUGAGGAUGAGGUAUCCUAGGUGA